CCGGCCCGCCCUCCGGCCGCGUCGCCCACGCCUGCGCGCGUCCCGCUCGCCUCCCGGUCCCGGCGGAGCCCGGGCCCGAGCGCAGCGGCACCAUGUUCCGGCGCAAGCUGACGGCCCUGGACUACCACAACCCAGAGGGCUUCAACUGCCGGGAUGAGACGGAGUUUAGGAACUUCAUCGUGUGGCUUGAAGACCAGAAGAUCAGACACUACAAAAUCGAAGACAGAGGGAACUUAAGGAACAUCCACAGCAGCGACUGGCCCAAGUUCUUUGAAAAGUACCUCAGAGAUGUUAACUGUCCUUUCAAGAUUCAAGAUCGACAGGAAGCAAUUGACUGGCUUCUUGGUUUAGCUGUUAGACUUGAAUAUGGAGAUAACGCUGAAAAGUACAAGGACUUAGUACCUGAUAAUACAAAAAAUGCUGACAAUGCGGCUAAAAAUGCAGAGCCAUUGAUUAAUUUGGAUGUCAACAAUCCUGACUUUAAGGCUGGCGUGAUGGCUCUGGCCAACCUCCUUCAGAUCCAGCGUCACGACGACUACCUGGUGAUGCUCAAGGCAAUUCGCAUUUUGGUCCAGGAACGCCUGACACAGGAUGCAGUUGCUAAAGCAAAUCAGACAAAAGAGGGCCUGCCUGUUGCUUUAGACAAGCAUAUUCUUGGCUUUGACACAGGAGAUGCGGUUCUGAACGAAGCCGCUCAGAUCCUGCGACUGCUACACAUCGAGGAGCUGAGGGAGCUACAGACGAAGAUCAACGAAGCCAUCGUGGCCGUGCAGGCCAUCAUCGCCGACCCAAAGACAGACCACAGGCUGGGCAAGGUUGGGAGGUGAGCGCCACGGGGCAUGGCUGCCCGCCUCGAGGGGCCGUCUGGAGCCAGGCACGCUCUGGCAGAAUCCCAGAAAAUCGACUGUGUGUAGACAUUUACCACCAUUGCUUUUUCUUUAAUAAAGUUUGGGAAACUGGA